GUGUGCAGUUCGUAACAUGAAGCAUUUGCCUUUCACCAAACAUCCCUUCCUUCCCGUUCUAACUACUGUCCAACCUCACUUCACAUCUUCAUAGCCGAAAUUUUCACAUAAACCCUAAAUCCCCAAAACCCUAAAAAUGCGAGUCUUCAUUUUUCGAAUCUCAAAUUUCUUCAAACAAAAUCUCCAAUUGAUUCAUCACCAUCAAUACAAUCCCAAUCCCAAUUUCAGUUCAAUCAGAGAAUUUUCACAAUCCACCUCAAUCCCCAAAAAACAGCAACGAAUUCGCGACCAUGGUUACGACAAUUACAUGGAAAUCGAGAAGAAAACCCGAAAAGUUCUCAAAUUUCAGAACUUGAUCCUCUCUGAACCAAACCAAUCAAUCCCAAUUCCUCGUCUCGAAACCCAGGCUCAUCGAAUUGGCUUCACGCGCCAUGAAGCCAUCGCGUUUAUACUCAAAUUCCCGCAUGUUUUUGAAAUCUUUGAGCACCCGGUUCAACGGAUUCUUUUCUGCAGGUUAACCCGGAAGGCGAUUCUCCAGAUUGAGCAGGAGCGGCUGGCGCUUGCUGAUCAGGUUGAACGCGCUGUCACGCGUCUCCGGAAGAUGAUUAUGAUGUCGAAUGGGCUUAGAUUGCGUCUUGAGCAUGUGAGGAUUGCGCGGUCUGCGUUGGGUUUACCGGAUGAUUUUGAGUAUUCGGUUGUUUUGAGGUAUCCGGAGUUUUUUCGAUUGGUUGAUGCUAAAGAAACUAGGAAUAAGUAUAUUGAGCUUGUUGAAUUUGAUCCUAAGUUAGCUAAAUGUGCAAUUGAAGAUGCUAGGGAGAGAGUUUAUAGAGAGAGAGGUAGUGAAGCUGAAGAUAUUAGGUUUUCGUUUUUGAUUGAUUUUCCACCGGGUUUUAAGAUUAGUAAGUAUUUUAGGAUUGCAAUGUGGAAAUGGCAAAGGUUGCCUUAUUGGUCACCUUAUGAGGAUGUUUUGGGGUAUGAUUUGAGGUCGAUUGAGGCGCAGAAGAGAAUGGAGAAAAGGGCUGUUGCCACGAUUCAUGAAUUGUUGUCAUUGACUGUUGAGAAGAAGAUUACUUUGGAGAGGAUUGCACAUUUUCGGAUGGCGAUGAACUUGCCGAAGAAGUUAAAGGAGUUUUUGCUUCAGCAUCAGGGGAUUUUCUAUGUUUCUACCAGAGGGAAUCAUGGGAAGCUUCAUACUGUUUUUCUUAGGGAGGCUUAUAGAAAAGGUGAGUUGGUUGAGCCUAAUGAUUUAUAUUUGGCGCGACGGAAGCUUGUUGAGCUUGUGUUGUUGAGUCCCCGGAAAGCUAGGGUUGAUAGGGAAUUGAUUGGGUAUAGGAGGAGCAAGUUAGAUGAUGAAAUGGGGCAAGUAACAAGAGCUUAUGUCGAGGAUGCUUGUGAAGAUUUUAAGGGUGGAGAUCGUGUAGAGCAAGGUGUGGAUGAAGAAGAUGGUUUGUCAUCAGAUAUUGGUUCUGAUGUAGAUUCUGCAAAUGAGGAUGAUGAUUUUGAUGAUUGUGUGUCAAAUGAAAAGGAAAUCUCUUGAGUGAGAGUAUUAUGGGAAUAUUUUGGAUCUAGGAGUUUUUCCAAUUUUGCUGAUGAGAAGUCUCUUGAUGGGAAUCGACUCUCUCAUGAGUUGUGUCUUCCAAUUUUCCAAUUUUGGAUCUAGGAAUUUUCACAAUGGGAAUCAACUUUGAAUGCAGCAGAUUCUUAUUUCUACUGCAACUUAGCCGAAGUGUGCUUUUUCAUGUGAUUGAUUGGCCGUUGUGUGGAAUGUGGAUUUGGGGAGUACACUGCAAGGUUAACUCUGAAAAAAUGCGAGUGGUUUUUCUUGAAGAUUAUAUUGAGGAUGAUAUCUGAUGUGAACUUGGACUGUCAACGUAGAAUAGAAACGUUUUGUUACCUUAUUAUUUCCAGAGUAAAGUAGUAACUUGGAAGUGAAGGUUUCAACUCAGUCAUGAACUCCUUUGCCUCCAUCGCUUUAUCUGAACACACCGGAAUCAUUUUUUGUAGAAGAAAACACCGUUAACAAAUAAUAUCUUUAUUCUUGAAGCGCUAACACUGUUAGAAAAUCAAGUGCCUCACACUAGGAUAUUCAACUCUAAUCAAGAACUGAACCAUAAACCUUCUACGUAUAAUCAUUCGAUGUCCCAACCAAAACUACUUGGCAUGUGAUAACACUUGUGGUGGUGGCGCUGUUGUAGCUGUGGCCUGUGGGUUCUUGUGUGAUCGAUGAAGAUGACACACAUGGCCAU